AUGGCCGCCACCUCCCGCGACGCCCCGGUCCCGACCGCCAUGCCGGACCUCGUCCGCGACCACCUCUACUUCGGCGACGUCAACGACGCCAUCGCGGCCCUCACCGCCUCCCUCCCGGACGGCACCGACAUCACCCACGUCCUCUCCGUCGUCAGCUCCGCCUCCAUCUCCUUCUUCACCGACUACCGCCCGGGCCUCUCCUUGCCAGCCGAGGAGGUCCGCUGCGUCGUCGCCGGGGAGGACGGGACGCCCUCGGCGGUGGCCCCGGGCCGGCUGAUGCGGGUGGUGGAGAGGACCGGGGAAGGGCUAAGGGUGACGCGGAUGGCCGUGCCGCUCAAGGACACGGAGGAGGAGAACCUGCUCGACCACCUCGAGCCGUGCCUCGAUUUUAUCGACGAGGGGAGGAAGGCGGGAAACGUGCUCGUGCAUUGCUUCGCGGGGGUCUCCCGGAGUGCUACCAUCAUCACGGCAUAUCUAAUGAGGACAGAGCAGAAAUCUCUGGAAGAAGCACUAGAGUCCUUGAAGGAAAUUAACGAGUCCGUUUGCCCAAACGACGGUUUCCUUGACCAGUUAAAAUUGUUUGAAGAAAUGGGUUUCAAGGUUGAUACUUCAAGUUCUUUAUACCGGCGCUUCCGCUUAAAGUUGUUAGGUCAGUCCUACAAAGUUGGAGAGAAAAUAGGAAACCAUGUAUUUGAAGACGAUCCUGGAGUUGCUCGACAGCCUAAUCCUACCCAGGAAUUGUCAGGCAAGGAGAAGGCCCUUAAAACAGCAUACCGCUGCAAGAAAUGCAGGAGGAUCGCUGCUGCACAGGACAAUGUUAUCGGCCACACACCUGGUGAGGGCAACUCUAGCUUUGCGUGGCACGACAAGAGGAAAGGCCACACACACAACAAGGAACAAGAUUGUUCUUCUCUGUAUGUCGAGCCUCUCAAGUGGAUGACUCCAGUAGAAGAUGGCGCUUUGGAGGGGAAGCUGUCGUGCAUCCACUGCGGGGCGCGCCUAGGGUACUUCAACUGGUCAGGGAUCCAGUGCAACUGCGGCAGCUGGAUCACCCCCGCCUUCCAAAUUUCCAAGAGCAAAGUUGAUGGAAUUCAGGAGUGUAGUGUAGUGAGAUGGACCUGGAGUGGUGUGGAGCGGCUUGCAAGGAGUUGA